CAAUCUCCUAGGGCGAUUUAUCUUCAAUUUGUAAUUUCAGACACCGGCGGGCAACGAAGUGACGGACCUAUUCAGUCGGUGGUCCGGUAGUGCUGAGACGGCGGAGGGGCGGUUGGCAAUUGGUUCGUCACUCUUCAAGUCCUCAAUUUUACCAGGGAGGUGGUGCUAUUCUUCGCCGGAUUUUAGUCCCGCCGAUCAAAACUGUUGCGCCGCCGGUGCAGAAACUCAUAGAACGCCAUCGAUGUCCAUUCUCCAAUUAUCGUCCCCAUCCUCGUUUUGCAAUGGCCCCAAGUUCCCAUUCCCUAAAUCCUCGUCAUAUCCUUCGCCGGCUAAAUCUCUGCGCAUAACAUGCGCAAGCAGGACCAAAAGAGUGGGGAAAUUGAGGUACCCAUCAGAGAAAAAGAAGCUAAAGCUUCAGCAGAAGCCUCAAUCUGACUCGAUAAACAAGUUUGAAGGAUUUUGGAGGCUUUCCAAUCUCGGCGUCUCCGCUCUUGCUGACCCGGGCAAAGAUUUUCUGGACGUUUCUGAUGCUUUGCUUCAAGAAAUCGCCAAAGUUCUUGAAAUUCCGGUUGCUUCUAUGUUGCCGCCAGAAGCCUUUACGGUUGUUAGAAAAUCUUUUGAUGCCCGGAAGUCACAGAAGGAGCCAAAAUUUGUAUACACUGUGGAUGUGGAUGCCAACAAACUUGUAAGCAUAGAGCCUCGUACAUGGGACUUCAUCUCCAAGUUGGAACCCAAAGCUGGGAUUGUGGAGCAUAUUCUUGACAACAGAAUUUCUGGAGAUGUAACAAGCAUGGCACACUCUUGGAGGCUGCCCAGUGUUAGAAAACCAAAAAUUGCUGUUGUGGGUAGUGGACCUGCUGGCUUGUUUGCUUCCCUGGUGCUUGCUGAAUUUGGUGCUGAUGUCACGCUACUUGAAAGAGGGAAACCAGUGGAGCAGAGGGGACGUGACAUUGGUGCUUUGGUAGUUCGGAGGAUGUUAGAAGAAGAAAGCAAUUUUUGCUUUGGGGAGGGUGGUGCAGGUACUUGGAGUGAUGGGAAGCUAGUUACUCGAAUUGGAAGGAACAGUAGUGCUGUUUUAGCAGUUUUGAAGACAUUGGUCUUGUUUGGAGCUCCAAAGAAAAUUUUGGUUGAUGGAAAGCCUCAUCUGGGAACUGACAAGUUGGUUCCACUACUUCAAAACUUUAGGUGUCACCUACAAGAACUGGGUGUUACAAUCAAGUUUGGAACAAGGGUUGAUGAUCUACUUGUAGAGAAUGGGUUUGUGGUGGGAGUGAAGGUAUCUAAUUCAGGAGAUCCCCAACAAUCCAUCAGCGAUAAUUUGGGUUAUGAUGCAGUGGUUUUGGCAGUUGGGCAUUCUGCUCGUGAUACAUAUGAAAUGCUACUUUCCCAUAAUGUCAACCUUACCCAAAAAGAUUUCUCUGUUGGAUUACGUGUGGAGCAUCCUCAAGAGUUAAUUAACACCAUACAGUAUUCCGAAUUAGCCAAAGAGGUCAAAAGUGGGCGUGGGAGAGUUCCAGUUGCUGAUUACAAAGUCGUGGAUUAUCUAAAUACAUGCAGCUUGGUUUCUCCUUCAGAAUGUAGACCAAUCAAGCGUAGCUGUUACUCAUUUUGUAUGUGUCCUGGUGGCCAGGUAUAGCUAAUGCAGUCAUUAUUAUUUGUGAAUUGGGUUUUUCUAUGAGCAUUGGUUUAGUUUCAUUUUCAUGAGAACAUAACGCUGAGUUUUGUGCAGAUGAUCUUUGUCACUUGGCAUCUCUUAGCAUGAACGUUCUAAGAAGCUCUAGCCACUCUAGUGGCGGUUGACUGAUCUCAUCCCAUGUUGCGGCCUGAGCAGGGCCACGAAACCACAAAACCGCACCAUAAAAGCACUGUUUUUGGCUUAAAAUUUUGUUAAACUGCAUUUUGUGGUGCAGUUUUUGAUAGUUACACGUGGUUUAAAACGAAAACGCCCCAUUAGCUUCAUAAAAAAAAAUUCUCCCAUUUCACUCUUCCAUAUUAAGUAAUACAGACUACAGUGUAUGUCAUAACUUCAAUUAUUAUUUUAGUAAUGUUAUUCAUAGUUUAUAUAUUCCACUAGAAUACCUUAGA